AGAGCUAAAGAUUUGGCCAUGUCUGCUUCUGGUUUUCCUGGGUUUACUCCUCAAUCUAUCCUCAGAUCCAGCCUUCGCACCACACCCCUAGCAACUCCCUCUGCAUCUCCAGGACGAUCAGUUACUCCUCCUCUGCGAGCAAAGGAACCUAGAAUAUCCUUCAGGGAAGAGGGCUCAAGUGCAAAAUGGACUGUUGGGGUAACUGCAGAUGAUAAAGUGCUGUCUGAAGCUUCAUCUGAGCAUCAUCACAGAGUGGUGGAGGACGCUUGGCCUGAAAGUAGAGUUAAAACAACUCUCUUCACUCUGAGCAAUCCUGAGAAAGAUGGUGCUGAAAUGGAAGAGUCUUCAGAAAGCAUACCUGGAGAUGGUUUGGAGAAUAUGGAUGUCAGCAAAGAAAAUAGUAAUGUUUCUGCGAGGUCAGACCAAACUACUUUGGAGUAUCACGAUGCAAAAUCACCUGGUGAUUUUGAAGAUGAUGUAAUCUUUAUAGCUGCUAAGCCAGCUAGUUCUUCCAUUGAAGAGACUGCUGAUUUUCAAGAAUUGGAGAAGGAAGAAGACAGUGAGAUGGUUGAAGAUAAACUGUUCCAGAUGGAAGAACUAGACUCAUCAGAACUAAGGAAAGAAGCUGGAUUUGUGGAAGAAUUAAAUGCUGAAUGUCGUACCCUUCCUGACAAUGGUAAAUUGGUGUUUAAAGCUGCUGAGGCUGCUGCUUUUGGGACUGCAAGUGAAGGUGAAACAAACCACGAGGAGCCCAAGAUGUCCUCCCCUUCGUCAGAAGAAGUCAUGCCAGUUGCACCAAAUCCACAGCUUUCUGAAUCUCCAGAGGCAGACAGUGAAUCUGUGAUAAGUAUCCUUGACAGUGAGGAUGUGGUCAGUGCUUAUUCAGAAAGGCACCUUGAGAAGUAUGUGGAUUUGCAUAAAGAACAUAACCUAGAAGCAACUGAAGUUGAAGCUGAAGUUCCUUCUCCACAGGAAGAAGUAACUGCUUCUAACAAUCUUCCUAAAACUGAGGAAAUGAAUGUUAUUGAAUAUAGUGUGGGUAAGGCACAAACCUCAGAAGAAGCACUUGAAACAUCCCUAUACAGUGAACUACGUCCGUCAGGCAACCUUCAACACAGCUGUGAUACUAUAGAGCAACAGUUUGCUUGUGAUUUGCCUGAUAAUGAAUCCGAUGCAGCUGAGGGAGAUGGAGAGCUUUUUAUACCCCAGAGUAAUUUUACUUUAGUCUUAGAAGGAGAUGAAGGUGAAGUGGAGAUGGGAGACCCUACAUUGGUAGAUGAUUCUAAAGCAGCUGGCACAAGAGAGGAAAAACCUGUGAGCAAUUUAGGAAAUACUGAAAACCAAGAGCAUGUUACAAACUCAGUGUCUACUGUAACUAGUGACCAGGAAUCUCAGAAUACUGCAGCGUCACUCCCGUAUGUGCCUGAACCCAUUAAAGUAGCCAUUGCUGAGAACUUACUGGAUAUAAUCAAAGACACAAGAAGUAAGGAAUUUACAUCUGAAGCUGUGGAACAAUCUAUUCAUGAGACAAUAGGUAAAAAGGUAACUCGAUUCCAGAAGGCAAAAGCUUCCUUAACAGCUGUGCCAGAAGGAGUGGAAGAUGAAACCAGCAGACAUCAAGUGGAUUACGUCAUCACUCCUAGAACACGUGCCAGGGGACAACUGAGAAGUCUGAGUAUUCCGUCUGCAGGUGAUCCGCAGCUACGGAACACAGAGAAACCAGUUCUCUUUGGACUGUCUCCUAGGAGAAGUACCAGGCGAACAAAAGAAGCAUCUGAGACUUCUAGCCUUCAAACAGAAGAAAAUGCUCAAGAGGAGCAAAUACCUGUGACACCUGUUACUCCAAGGAGAGGUCGUAAGCCUAAACAAACUAAUUUAGAAAAAGUAGAAAGUGGCCAUUCUGAUGAUCAAACAUUGUCUGUCAGUACAAUGUCCACAGCUGUUACUCCAAGAAGAGGUUUAAGGAGAGCAAAGGAAGCUGCAUCUGCGCUCCUGGAAGAGGCAAAUGAGGAAACAUCUCUUGCCAAAGGUAGCAUUAUUGCUUCUGCUACUCCCAAAAGGACUAGAGGAGGGAAAAGUUCAGUGGGAGAUCCAGAAACUGAUGGUAAGAUAAAAACAGCAGUCAGUCCUGGUAGAAGUGCGAGAAAACUGAAAAGCAUUAGUUUACAGUUCCCUGAAAAUACUGUCAGGGAUCAGGAGGUGCAGCUCAGUGACCAACUCCUCUUGCCUGUGCCAACUAAAAGAGGCAGAAGAAGAAAAAUAAGUUCAUCAGAAGUUUCAGAAAAUUCUGACCUUGAUCUAUCUAAAUCAUUGCUUCCUCAAACAGAAUUUAAACUUCCUGUCACUCCUAGAAGAAGUGCUAGGAAGGGGACACAGAAUCUUCUGGCAGACACAGAAGCUAUCUCCACUCAGGAAGACACACCUUCAGGUGGGAAAGUGGAAAUCCUUGAUACUCCUAGGAGAAGAGCAAGAAGAAUUCCACAGGCUAAACCAGAAAAAACGGAUACUCAUGAGCAAACACCUGCACAGCCAAAUGAGGAAUCAACCACACCCAGGACUCCAGUUAGGACAGGGAGACGGGGCAGAAAGAGGCGAUCGGUACAGGAGGAAAGCACAGGGGAGGAAGCCUUGCCCCAAGGACCUGGUGGCAGUCCUUUGCUGCCUGAAGACACAAACCCAUCAGGAUAUAGUGAAACACCAAGAGCUUCCACAGAUCGUAUUACAAGAACCAGAUCCCACAAAACUGCCAUGCCUCAGAAACUGUCAGUUGAGGAAAAUGAGUCUUUCCUUUUCUCUCCUCCUCUCACAAAGCUGAAAAAGAAAUUUAGAGCUGAGAAAGCAGACCAUCCUGUGCAGCUGAAGGAUUUAGACCCAGACUUGUCUUCUCAAUUUGUCUUUUCACCCCCUCUUCUGAGGUCAAGAAGCAAAAAUGUAUCUGGCAUUUCCCGAAUUGUGACAGAAUCAGAGCUUCCAAGUAAAGAGGAAGAGGAUACCAAAUCCGUAGAGUCUGUGGGAAAGCAAAAAUCGAAGAGAGGUAGAACUGCAAAAUCAAAAGUGAAGAAAACAACCAAAUCCACAAGAAAAGAAGGUUCUUGGUCACCUCCACCAGUGGAAAUAAAAUUCAUCUCUCCAUUUGGAAGUCCAGUGGAUGGAACAAAAAGCAAACAGAAAGAAACCGCAGACACGGCAGAGAAGACUCUACGAAAGAACAAAAAAAGACUGUCUAAUUUUCCAAAGCCAGUUGUGCGCCGGAGGAUGCUGUAACUGUUUUUUAAGUUUAUAUUGUACACCACUGUUUGUAAAGUCAUCAAAAUUGUGUGGAUUAGUAAAAAGAAAAAAAUCAUUAAUUUGGAAGAGAUAAUUUAUAUAAAUUAUUGUAAAAUUUCAUAAACAAAUGGUCUUCAAUAAGUAACUCCAUAUGGAGUGUGAUUUCCUCAGUCAAUGCAGUUUUCUAUUUUAUAUUAAGACUUCAUACAUUUAUAUAAUAUGUAAAUACAGCUUAUUUUAGGAAUGUUAAUAAAAAUGUAUACUUCA